CAGAAUUUCAGCCAAAAUGACCAUUUUGUCACAGUCAAUAACUGCCACUGUGCAUGUAUAUAACAGAGAGAGAGAGAGAGAGAGAGAGAGAGAGAGAGAGAGAGAGGGAGAGAACAAGGACCAACGAGGAAGAUGGUGGGACCAAAGAGGCCUCAAUUCGUGUUGUUUGGUUCUUCCAUCGUUCAACACAGCUUCUAUGACCAAGGUUGGGCGGCCAUUCUUUCUCACUUGUAUGCUCGCAAGGCUAAUAGACAUAGCCACCAUGCUUGCUGAACAAUGGAACUGGAAUAACGUUCAUAUGUGGCUUUGUGGGACUAAUAAUGCAUUUUGAUGGAUUAAUUCACGAGACAUUCGCAUGGCACAGGCAGACAUAAUUUUGCGAGGAUAUGCUGGUUGGAAUUCGAGGCGUGCUCUCCAGGUUUUGGAUGACAUUUUCCCCAAGAAUGCCAGUGAGCAACCAUCACUUGUAAUUGUGUACUUUGGUGGCAAUGAUUCAGUUCUUGCGCAUCCAAGUGGCCUCGGACAACAUGUACCUCUCCAAGAAUACAUUCAAAAUAUGACCAAAAUAGCUAUCCAUCUAAAGAGCCUUUCGAAGAAGACUCGCAUUAUAUUUCUUGGUGCUCCUCCUGUCAAUGAAGCACAAAUUCUUGGAAACAGUGAUCUACUGGGUCAGCCGCUGAGGACAAAUGAAUCGUGUCGAAUAUAUUCAGAAGCCUGUUUGGAGCUGUGUCGCGAGAUGAAUCUCAAGGCCAUUGACAUCUGGUCUGCCAUCCAGAAAAGGAAAGACUGGCGAGACGUAUGCUUCAACGAUGGGAUUCAUCUGACGGCUGAGGGAAGCGAGAUAGUUGCAAGAGAGAUACUGAAGGUCCUCAAAGAAGCAGAGUGGGAACCAAGUCUGCAUUGGAAGUCAAUGCCAAUUGAGUUUGGAGAAGAUUCGCCGUAUGAUCCGGUUGCUGCAGAUGGAAAGACAACUAAAAAUGUCUCAAGGGAGCCCUUCCCUGAAAAUUUGGAUUGGGAUUAGACUUGUGGAUGCUGCUGAUUUGUGGAGGCAUCUUAAGAGAUUAUGAAGGCAGGUUCUGGGCUUGAUGGCUGGGAACUUCAUGACGAAUUCGAGAGGCGAAUGGUUGUGCAGAUCGACUGGUUUUGCAUGGUCAUGGAUUAGUUUGGAUGUUACAUUUUUAUACUCUUCCCCAUUGUAUGUCUUUAUGUUUCAAAGCUGAUGCUAUUGGCAGAGCAUUUCCUAGAUUAGUGUCGUUUCUUCCUUGGGCAUUUUGUCCUCCAGUUAAUAUCACUUCUGCUGU